AUAAAAGAUGCAGUUGGAAUACAUAAGCGGAGGAGAGAAAAACAUGUGUUGGGUACGGAAAACUUCAAAAUGAAAGGUAGAAAAUCGAAAUAUUCGCCGAAAGGAAUACGGAUUUGUGAGAUCUUUGGGAAGUCAUACAAGGGUUCCGUUAACGUAUCAUAUGUAGGUUGCGAUUGCUGUUCAGUAGUUGAAAGGAGUGACAGGUGUGAUAGGAACGAUGGAGUAGGGCAUCCUGAACUACCCAUUGAUUGUGUUUUAUGCCAUGAUUGUGGAAGAUUUGAGGCAAACGAAGUUACACCGUUUUGUCCAAGAAGCUUUACUUUAAAUAAUUUAGAUCCUGGUGAAUUAGUGCCAGAACUGCAGCUUGGGUAUAUGGAAUUACAGUGCGUGCGGUUGAUAUUUCCGUUUUCCACGAUUUUGUUUCGAGCUAAACGAUUACUGCAUGCAGCUGGGCAGUUUCUUCAUAUUGUUUCUGACAUUAAUGAGUGCACUUCUGCACUUUUACCGAGACCAUCUAAUGAAUGUCUGUUGGCAGUAAAUCAAAGAAAAGGCGAAAACGCUGUAACUUCGCAUUAUUCUGUAGAUUUUGACACGGUGUAUACCGCUCUGGAAUUUUUAAGAGAAAACAACAGGUUUUAUGAAAAUAUUAUACUGAGGGGUCGAGAAGACGUUUUGGAACAAUAUCAGUGCGCCGAUGUUUUAGUAAAAAUUGAUGUACACGACAGCCUUGCACUCAUUAAUUUUGGAGGUGUAAUUCCUGAAGAAUUUUCUACAGGUCCGGAAAGGACACUGCCUUAUCAAAAUACGGCAGUCUUUAAUUUGAAAGGAAACUUUGGUUUGGAAGAAAAAUGCUAUCCAAAUUUGUUUCCUUUUGGUAAAGGGGGUGUGGAAGAUGACCGGGAGUGUCGCAUAGAUUACGGAAAGUAUUUUGAAAUUCGAUUGUUAAGCAAAGAUAACCGGUUUCAGAAGGAUCCGUCGUACGUAUUUCGGUGUCUUAAUGUUUAUCAAAGGGAGUUAAUGUGCAAAGAGGUCAAUUAUGUAUUACGGGAUGCCCAACAAUUUACUAAUGGCCAACGGGAUACGGUAGAACUGUCUAAAUGUUUGUAUCCAAAAGUGGGAGCUGUUUUAUGA